GGGGCGCGGGGCGGGGGCGAAGCGGGGGCAGCCGCCUGCCCGCCGCCGGGGCCGCGCCAUGGCCCCCAAGCGCAGAGCGGCGCCCCGGCCCGCGCCUGCCAGCAAGAGGCGCCGCGGGGGGCUGGGGGCGCCGCGGGACGAGCCGGCGGAGGAGGCAGAUGAUUUUGAAGAUAAAACGCCCGGUGUAAAGAAUAAUGACUCAAAAGCUUUGGCUAGCAGGAAGGAAGACGGUUGUGAUACUGGAGUUUCCAACUCAGCAAAUAAGCCUUCAAAACAAAAAGGGGCAAAAUCUCUAAUAAAAGAAGAUAAAAAAUAUACUAGAAAUAAAAGGAAUCCUAAAAAAGAAGAAAUGUGCAGUGAUUUGCUGAAGCCCCCUCAGAAGGAGAUGAAGUUGAAGAGAGAAUCCCCUGUUAAAAAAGAGAUGGGUGAAGACAAUACUGGUGAUGAUGAUGGUGAAAGUGAAGAUGAAUGGGAGGAUGUAGAGGAACUCCAGGAACCUGCCACAGCUAAGUUAGAAGAAGAUCCUGUUCUUCCGGCAGUGGUGCUGCCAAGCAAUCCUGUCGAGAUAGAGAUUGAAACUCCAGAGCAGAUGAAGAAAAGAGAGAGGAGAGAAAAAAGGAAAGCUGAGUUUGAGAUGUAUCUUCGGAGAAUGAUGAAACGUUUCAGCAAGGAGGUUCGUGAGGACACACAUAAGGUUCACCUCUUGUGUUUAUUAGCAAAUGGUUUCUAUAGAAACAGGAUCUGCAGCCAGCCAGAUCUUCAUGCUAUUGGUCUAUCCAUCAUCCCCACCCACUUCACAAAAGUGCCUGCAGGCCAAGUGGACCUUCUCUACCUUUCCAACUUGGUGAAAUGGUUUGUUGGAACCUUCACUGUCAACGAUGAGCUUUCCACUGGAAAAGGAGAGCCCCUUCAGUCAACUUUGGAGAGGCGCUUUGCCAUCUAUGCUGCACGGGAUGAUGAGGAGUUGGUUCAUAUAUUUUUAAUUAUUCUGCGAGCGUUACAGCUUCUGUGUCGCCUUGUGCUGUCUUUUCAACCCGUUCCUCUCAAGGAAACAAGAGCAAAGGGAAAAAGCUCAUCCAAGAGCCAGUCUGUCAGUGGUACCUCUGAGGGGCAGGAGAGCUCUGCCACAACACCCAAAGCUGUGGCAAAAAAAUGCCCCUGCAAAAAAGCCAAGCAUGAUGAGAAGUCCUCAGAGAGCGAAAAAGACAACAAGGAGCCAAAGAAACUCAAAACUGUUCAGACCAAAAGGAUACACAAAUCGAAGUUGACUACAGGCAGCCAGGAACAGAAGGAAUCUGGUAAUGGGGAGAGCAGUUUAGUGGAAAAAGAUGGGCCAGUGAGGCCCAAGAACAACCGCCGGAGACGAGUGGCCUCCAAAGUGUGUUACAAAGAAGAGAGUGGAAGUGAUGAGGGCAGUGGUUCAGACUUUGAGGUUUCAGAGGAGGAGAGUGAUCUCUCUGAUGAGGAUUUUGAAACUGUCUCUAAAAGGUGGAGGAGCUCACUGGGCUCCCAGAAGUCAAAGGUAACGGCUAUAAAAAGCCCCAAAACUGAGACUUCAGAAUCAAAGCUGUCCAAAAAUUCAUGUGGACCUGAGCCUAGGCCGGCAAAAAGUACAGCUCCAGCCUUGCCUCCUGCACAGAGAAAGAGAAACAAAAUAAUUUCUAGUGAUGAGGAUGAUGGACAGCAGGAGGUAAGGAAAGUGAUGGGCACAGACCAGUGGCUGGAGGUUUUCCUUGAACGUGAGGACAAGUGGGUGUGUGUAGACUGUGUUCAUGGCAACGUUGAUCAGCCACAGCUGUGCUUCACAUAUGCCACAAAGCCACUUUUCUACAUUGUGGGAUUUGACAAUGAUGGGAGUGUCAGGGAUGUGACACAAAGAUAUGACCCGGUGUGGAUGACUGCAACAAGGAAGAACCGUGUGGACCCUGAGUGGUGGGAAGACACGCUGCAGCCAUACAAAAGCCCCUAUGUGGAAAGAGACAAGAAGGAAGAAAAAGAGUUUCAAGUUAAGCUUCAAGAUCAGCCUCUACCAACAGCCAUUGGAGAGUACAAAAACCACCCUCUUUAUGCACUGAAGAGGCACCUCUUGAAAUACCAGGCGAUCUAUCCUGAGUCAGCUGCUAUCCUAGGGUACUGCAGGGGAGAGGCUGUCUACUCCAGAGACUGCGUACACACGCUGCACUCCAAGGACACUUGGCUGAAGCAAGCUCGAGUGGUGAGGAUUGGAGAAGUGCCUUACAAGAUGGUGAAAGGAUAUUCCAACCAGGCGAGGAAGGCACGCCUUGCAGAGCCUGCAAACAGGGACAAAGAGGACCUGGCACUGUUUGGUCGCUGGCAGACUGAGGAGUAUCAGCCACCUGUGGCAGUGGAUGGAAAGGUUCCUCGGAAUGAAUAUGGAAAUGUCUAUCUUUUCCUGCCAUCCAUGUUACCCAUUGGCUGUGUGCAGCUGAGACUCCCAAAUCUGAACAGAUUGGCGCGGAAGCUGGACAUUGACUGUGCUCAAGCCAUCACUGGAUUUGAUUUUCAUGGCGGCUACUCGCACCCCGUUACCGAUGGCUACGUUGUCUGUGAGGAGUAUAAAGAGGUCCUUAUUGCCGCCUGGGAGAAUGAACAAGCAGAAAUAGAGAAGAAGGAGAAGGAGAAGCGUGAGAAAAGAGCUCUGGGGAAUUGGAAGCUGCUGACAAAAGGACUUCUCAUCAGAGAGAGACUGAAGCAACGCUACUCCAUCAAGACUGAGCCGUCAGCACCCGAGACAGAGACAGGAGCAGCAUUCUCUUCUGAUGAAGAAGGAGGUCCAAGUUCAGAGACUGCAGUAGGGAACGUGGCCAUUUCUUGGCCCCAGAAUCGCUGGUUAGAGAAAGAAAAAGAAGAGAAGACAGCCAGAAAGAGCAAGCGAGAAAAGAAAGGAGAAGCAGCACAGUUGUUCCCUUUUGAGAAACUGUGAUCAGAACAAGCUUUUCUUUGCCGCUUUAGAUGCAAGAAUAGUCACAACAAAAGUAUCCUUUGCAAGUUAAGGACUUGGUCUUCUAGUGCACUUGUGUUUCUGAGCUAUGAGGGAGCAGCCUAAUUGAGUAUCAAGAUGUUUCUUCUGCUAUCGCAGGAAAUUCCAUUCAUCCUUUUAUCCUCAGCCUUACGAGAAGCAGAUGUGCAGUUGCACCUUCUGAGAUCACUUUGUGUUUGGAGGUUUUUUGCUCUCGUAUCACUCAGCACUAAUAAUUCUGUUUUCUUUCUGUUGGAAAAAACUCGCCUUUCUGUUGGAGUUUGCUCUCUUUUGUAUCGCUCAGCACUAACACUUCUGUUUUCUGACACAUUCCUUUCAUUAGCACUAUCUUUGCCCAUUUUCCUCCUUUCCAUUUUUUCCUGCUUGCUCAGAACUAAAGCAUGCAGCUGCUGUGUAGUAGCCUGUGGUGAGCAGGUCAGGGGACUACAAACGACCUCUUGGAUUCAUACCGUACCCAAACUGGCGGUGAGGUAGAGUUCUGGUCUUACUACCUGUCCUGUCAUCGCAGAAGGGAGAAUACUUCCAAGGUGUAAUGAAACAUGCAGUCAAGAUUUGGAAGAAUUUGAAAAUGUACUUUCUAAAGAAUACCUGUCUUUUGUGAAAACUCAGUUUUGGUGUUUCUGCCUACCCUCUUCCUUUACUUUCAGAAACCUUGUGCAUCAGAAGGGAGGAGCCCUGUCCUCAUUUCACACUUAGGGUUCAGUAUGUCUUAAGUAAUUUAAAUAUAGACUUGUUGCAGUUUUGUUCUAUCAAGACCAUGUGGAUAUGUUCUGGAGCCAAACAUGUACAACUGGCUGAGUGUCAUUGUCAAGAAGGAAAUUCACCGAAACCAGAAGGUUCUUGUAAAUGUUCCCCAUUUAAAAACUGUUGAGAGAGGAAUGUUAAAUCUACACAAGCUUUUCCUGCAGUUUUGUCGCAGAAAUGCUGAUCUGUCUUUUGUAGUAUUUUUAGAACUAAAUUACACUGUCUCUUCAGAAAUACAAGGGAAUGACAGUUUAGUCAUUGCUGGACAUUGUCACAGAGGAAAGACUGAAAUGCAAGAAAAUGGCUUACAUUUAAUUAUGUUCAGAAGAAUCUAUUUUUGUACUGUAUUUGUAGAACAGAAUAAAGUAUGGAGAAAGA